AUGAUGCUGACCCUGUGGGCUUGCCUCCAUCCGGUGACACCACCUGGUGGACAGCACAUCUACCUUACCUACCUCGCUGCACACGAACCCUCCGCCCGGGUCCGGGAGACCAGUCCUCCGCCCGGGUGUCGGUCGCAGCGCCGUCGGCCAGGACAGCGGUGGCGCCGGAGCCUCGCAGCGCCUCGCUGCGCCGUGCGCCAGGCGGCGACUUAUCCGCGAUCAGGAAUUCGCUUGGGGGCCCGCGACGGCGACGGCGGCGGGGACGGAGGGCGGGAAGACGACCGGAUCAAAGGGGACCGCCAGCCCUCUCGGCGGGCCUGCAGGGACGGAGUUCGUGAGCCCUUCGAGGGCCGCCCCCUGGGGGAGGGCGGGGGACACCGCGCUGGGGAACCGCUCGGGUGCUCCCCCACGUGCCAGCCGUGCGCCCUUGCCGCGCGCCCCCGCGCCCGCCCUCCCCAACCCCCACCGGGCGCCCCUCUCGAGGUCCCCGCGCCGCCCUCGGGGCCAGGCUGGCGCGAGCAGCCCGCGCUCCCGCCCCCCGGAGCAGGCGAGGCUAGGCGAGGCGAGGCGGGGCGCGAACGGGCUCCCGAGCUGAGCCGAGCCGAGCCGGGCGGAGAGCCGCCGCCACCGCCGGGGGAGACGACGAUGCCCAGCCGAGCGCAGCUUCUGCUCGGCGUGAUGCUCUUGGCCACGCUGCCGGCCGCCGGCCCAGGGCUGCCCCUGAGAAAGCCGAGGGGUCCCGAACCCCAGACUCGCGCGACGCCGGCGGAGGCCUCACCAUUCCUAGACCCCGGAUCUCCUGGGGAGGAAGAGGCAACGGCAGAGUUCCCUGGAGCCCACCUGCAGGCAGAGCCAGGCCAGCCCAGGUGCCAAACCCUCCCUGAAUCAGCAGCUCUGACCCCAGGCACAGCUACCCCUCCGGGGACCCUGGAACACACCCCCUUACUGCUGGAACUCCAGAAGCUGCCGGGAUUGGCCAACACAGACCUGAGUGCCCAGAACCCCAAUAUACAGGUGACCAUCGAGGUGGUUCAGGACCCCCAGGCCGAGGUGGAGAUGGACCUACUGGCAGAGCCCAGCAAUCGCUGGCCCUUGGGCACCCCUAGCUGGCUGCCCACCAAGCAGCUUUUCUGGCCCCUCUUCUGGGGAUACCAGGAGGGCGAGGAAGGCACCGGCCCCAAAGGCACAGCCUUGGGGGAAGAAGAAGCAGAGGAGGAAGCGGGGGAUUAUGCUGCAGAGUACAUGGAAGGCGACGGCCAGGAGGGUGAUGAAGACGAGGAGGAGCCUUGGUCCAGUGGGACCACAGACAGCUGGGACCACGGAUGGCUGGGCUCUCAGGACUGGCACUUCAAAGAGACAGACAGCUAUGACUAUGCGCCUGAGGAGCAGUGGAGCCCCUGGUCCCCCUGCAGUGGGAGCUGCGACGGCGGCAGCCAGCUGAGGACUCGGCGCUGUGGCUACGCCUGCACUGCGACUGAGUCCCGAGCCUGCGACCUGCCCCCCUGUCCUGGCGCGGAGGACGAGCACACCUUGGGCUUCCCCGGUGAGGGGUGGCAGCCCCUGGCCCACAAUGCUACGGACAUGCUUGACCCAGAUGUGGACAGCUGCGAGAAGUGGCUGAACUGCAAGAGUGACUUCCUAACCAAGUACCUGAGCCAGGUGCUGCGGGACCUGCCCAGCUGCCCGUGCGCGUACCCCCUGGAAGCCGUGUACAGUGCCGUGAGCCUGCAGGACGAGCACCAGGGCCGCAGCUUCCGGUGGCGGGAUGCCAGUGGCCCGCGGGAGCGCCUGGACAUCUACCAGCCCACGGCGCGCUUCUGCCUGCGCUCGGUGCUGUCGGGCGAGAGCAGCACGCUGGCCGCCCAGCACUGCUGCUACGACGAUGGCAGCCGGCUGCUGACCCGAGGCAAAGGCGCCGGGGCGCCCGACCUCGUGAGCACCGACUUCUCGCCCGAGCUGCACUUCAAGGUGGACAGGCUGCCCUGGAUCCUGUGUAAGGGGGACUGGAGUCGCUACCAUACCGUGCGACCCCCCAACAACGGCAGGGCCUGUGCGGACAACCCCCCCGAAGAGGAGUACCUGGCCCAGCUUCAGGAAGCCAAGGAGUACUGACCAAGGACUAGAGAAUGGCCUUUGCCUGGAAUGGGGAAUUGCAAGGAUCCACUCACCUGGGAAGCCACCUGGCCUGCAUGCCACCUGCUUGUGACACCCCCCCCCCCGGAGGUGGGGCAAUGCCCUGGGGUAGAGGUUGAUGAGAACUUGAGGGAUGUGUUGGCACAAGGCUCCCUAGGGUGUGGUGGGAAUGUGUCUGAUCCGGGGAGAAGCAAUAGUCCCAGCCUGGUGGUCAGUCUUCUCCCAUUCCUGCAGAGCUGACCUCUUCUGUCCUUAUGUCUGCUCGGGCCUGAGCCACAGCACUGCAGAGAGGCUGCUGUUCCCCGGACGUGCCGCGAAUGCCUCAGACCAGAUGAUGAAGCGCAUGGGGGACAAGGAAGAGCCAGUCUUUUCAUCUGGCUCCACAGCUGCCCUUUACAAGGCUGGCAUGAACUCGAGGUGACCACCUCUCCUUGACUAGAUGGGGCAUGGCCUCUGCCACCCCACCUGUGAGGUGGGCCUGGGAGAUAGGAAGGCUGAGGCGAGGGUGACUCCGGACAGGGAUCAGUCCUUCUGGUCCUCCUCCUUUGUGCAGCCCCUGUGUCCUGUCCAGGUGGUAGGAAUGUGCAGGGCAAGAAGCUGCCUGGCCACAGCUGCCAGGUUUAGGGUAGGUUCAGAACUGGGGUGGGCUCAGGAGGGCAUCUUGAGCUUUGAUUGUAAACCAGGGGCGUGGAAAGGACAGCUCUGAUGUGCAGCAUCUGAGCAGGUUCAAGCUCCCAUGUGGCCUCACUGCAUGUACUAGACUCAGAGCUGGGAAGAGAUGUGUGUAUGAGACCCCAGCACCCAUGCCUCCUCCCAGCCUCCAAACCACACACCCUUGCCUUCUAUGUGGUUAAAAAUUGAAGAUCCUGCCGGGCGUAGUGGCGCACGCCUUUAAUCCCAGCACUCGGGAGGCUGAGGUAGGAGGAUCGCUGUGAGUUUGAGGCCACUCUUAAGACUACAUAGUGAAUUCCAGGUCAGCCUGGCCUACAGCAAGACCCUACCUCAGAAAAAAAGCAAAACAAAAAAUUUGAAGAUCCGAUGUUUUCUAUCUGUUCAUACAUCUUCCAAAAGAUGCCCGGGAGGGGACUUGAGUCUCAGCCAGUCAGAUGCCCUGAAGCUCCCUGGUAUCCUCAGCAAUAAAGCACUUUAUUUUCA